AGCUCUUCCAAUGUUGAUGCCCUCGUAAUUUCUUUUUUCCUAUUUUUCCACCAAAUUUCUGCUCCCCAUUCUCGUCUCCGAAACGCCGAGAUAGGCCCUAUCCGAACAUAAAAAUCCCUCGCCUUCCUCAAUAAUUACCGUCCUGCCAUCACAGCCAUCAUCUUCUUCCCCUUCUAAUGGUUGCCUAGGGUUUUGUUUUCCUCCGAUGAAGAAGGCGAGUGGUAAAAGACAUGAAAUUUGAGGAGGCCUCGCUCACCGGCUACCUCGUCGAUAACCUCAAGCCUCUGACUCAGGCCGAUCCUGUGAUUCUUGCCAAGUAUGUGGUAGCAUUGUUGAAUAAAGACAAACCUUCAAAGGAGCUGCAGAAACUAUGCGCAGAUAACUUGGUGGAAUUUUUGGGCAACGGAGCAAAAUCAUUCACUGCGAAGUUGUUUCAGGCACUUGAUGAUGGUUCAAUUGUAAAAAUAGACAGGAAUUUGGAUGUUAUCCAGAAAUUGGAACCAUCUGAGGCUCUGCCUAUAGGGGGAAUUCAUCCCUUGAAAAAUUCUUCACUGGAGGAAGUGAAUCAUUCUUCUACUUCUUCAGAAUCGUCCAGUGACCCCGAAGAUAAAGAAGUUAGUGAUGAUGAUGAUGACCGCAAUCAUAAACAUCGUAGAAGAGAGGCUCGGCCGAAUUCUCUUGAAACUGAUACCCAAGAGCAAUCAUUUAGGAGAUCUAACAGGAAGCGGAACAAGCCUUAUGAUAAUGGAAAAAGGUUACUUGAUACUGAUCUCCAGUUAAGUGAGAUUCAUAAAGAAUACAACCCUAGUUUGGAUAGGAAUACCUCAACAAAAUUCGAUAAGCGCCGUUCUGAUUUGGCGCCACUCCUGCGGGCUCCAAUAGAUUUAGGCCCGCGAACAAGAUUCAGCCAGCCAUUUCGCAAUGAUCCUGGCCCACGCUAUGAUUUAUCUACAUCAAUUGGUCGUCCUGUAGGUAGAGGAAGAGCAAGAAGUACUGUCCCUUGGAAUCAACAUGAUUCAAGAUUUAACCCACAUGACGCCCUUGAUUUUGCUUCUCAGAUGGCUUCACAAGGGCCUGCACAUCCUAAUCUCUUUGUUGGAACAGGCUUACCAAGUGCUGGGAGUACGCAAAGUUCAUCUUGGGGUGGAUUUGGCUUCAUCCCUGGAAUGUCCAAUGGGAUUAUGGAUCCACUUAACCCACUUGGCUUGCAAGGUGCUCUAGGACCAAGUAUCAACCCUCCCCUGAAUCUUGGUAUCCCUCGUCAACGUUGUAGAGACUUUGAGGAGCGGGGAUUUUGCCUAAGAGGGGAUAUGUGCCCGAUGGAACAUGGUUUGAAUCGAAUAGUUGUGGAAGAUGUUCAGAGCCUAUCACAAUUCAAUCUUCCUGUUUCUAUUUCAAAUUCCAAUGCUUUGGGAAUCCAAGCUGGUUCAGGAUCUGUACCUCCGGCUUCUGCCGCCUCAGGUCAAUUGGCAAAUGCUAAGAUCACAUCCAGUAAAAUUAGUAGAUCUGGAGCAACGGAAGAUGCACCGAAAUUGAACGAUAUCCCAUCUACUUCUGCUGGUGUUGAUGCUGAUGUAUAUGACCCUGAUCAGCCUUUAUGGAAUAAUGAUCGUUCUAAUGCAUCUGCUUCCCCCUUAAGGCUUCCUUCACCAAAUAUUGAAAAUGACCCUUCAUGGGAUGGUGAUUUAUCUGCCCACCAGAGUUUGAGAUCUGAUGGCAUUGAAAGGGAAGUUCCCAGCCGUGUCACUGGUAAUAAUUCACAAAUUACUGGUUCAUCAGUUUGGGGCCGGAUUGGUUCUGCAAGCAAGUCAAAUGUAGGAAGUAAAAUGGGUAAUAUGACCGGAACCAGCACGCUUGGAAAUGAGAUGAAAGAAAAUCGUGGAGAAGCUAUGGAUGAUAUUCAUGCUAUCAAUCAAGGAAAAGGCACUGGUAUGACGGAGAUUGGUUCAAAAGCAGCAACAAUUCAACCAUUUGAUAAAUCACACAUAGGUUCUGCACAUAAGGGUGGGAGGGCAUCUACUAAAGCUUUACGAACCCUCUAUGUAAAUUGUAUUCCUCAAAAAAGUAAUAGGAGAGAUGCCCUCUUUUCACACUUCCAAAAGUUUGGUGAAGUUAUUGAUAUUUAUAUUCCUUUGAACAGUGAAAAAGCUUUCGUGCAGUUCUCUAAAAGGGAAGAAGCGGAAGCUGCCCUUAAAUCUCCUGACGCUGUCAUGGGUAACCGCUUCAUUAAACUAUCCUGGGCGAAUCGUGACAGAAUUCUCGACAGUGGACAAAGUAGUGGAUACAAUACAUCUGCACAGUUCCCUUUCAUUGCGAAGACUUCUGCUCCAUCUAAACAGCCGAAUGCUAAUGGAGGACAAGAAACUCCUAUCUCAGCUCAGAGGAGUACUAUAUCGGCCGCUGAGACACCAAUAUCUGUUGCUGCACCUGUAAAGGGUCUCACCACUAAUUCCCCAAAACCAGCACCUCCUGUGAAAAAGAAGGUGGAGAGUAUGGAACUUUUGGAAGAACUUCGUAGGAAGCAAGAGACUUUGGCUAAGAAGCGUGAUGACUUCAAGCGCCAGUUAGAUAAAUUUGAAAAACAAGCUAUUUCAAACAAGAAGGGGGAUAUGACUUCUGAGCAGGCUGCUAAGAGACAUAAAGUUGAUAUAGCUAGUGAAGCUGAUAAAGCUGCAGUUCCCAGCAACCUAAUCCAAGUGACUGAGAAGAUAUUAAAGAAAAAUAAGAGCGAAGAGGUUCAUAUUACAAAUGUUUCAAAGACAAAUUCAACUGUUCUGCAACAAUCCUUGAAGAACACAACAAGUUCUCUGCAAGCGCCAUUGUCAAACAGAUUUAAGCUGGACAACCGUUCUACUUCAUUUAGAAUUCUUCCUCCUUUACCUACUGAUUUUGCAAGUGUUGCUGUUAUCAAGGAUCAUUUUUCACAGUAUGGUGUUAUCUCAACUGUUGUGAUUGAAGAGCCAGGACAUACUGAGAAUGAAGGCCUAUCACCGUCUGCAAACUGUUCAGCUUGUAUAACCUUUUCCACUCGCCAUUUUGCUGAGAGGGCUUAUCAGAGUGGAAAAUGUUGGGAAGGGCACAAUUUACAGUUCAAGUGGUUGACGGUCUCUCCAAAUUCUAACCGUGAUUGUGGCAUAAGAGAGCCAACUCUGUCUCCUAAAAUAGCUCAAAAGGCUGAUAUUCAACUUAAUCUUGUGACAUCUGGAUCAUCUUCAGCAAGUGCAGAAAAAUCAACUUGCAGCGUGUCUGAGUUAGCUGCUGUAGGAAGUGUAGAAAAUAAUCGGGAUAUCGAGGGCACAAACUGUCUUCCCAUCGCUCAACCCAAGCUUCCUAUGGAUAGCUCUCCAUUUAGUCCAUCCACGUCUGAAUGUGAGAAGAGCUCCUUUGAAUCACCUAAUGCAUAAAUGGUGAGGAUAUCAUCAUUGUUGGCGCUCUACUACUCGAGUAUAAUCAUCCAACAAUGACUUCAAUGCUGCUGUUUUUUUUUGUUCAAUUAUGCUGCAGAGUUACCAGAUUGACCUUUGCUUCCAAGGUAGUUGUAAUCGAAAUCUUUAUGUAAAUUCAUAUCUUUUUUUGGUGGGUGGAGAAUUGUUUAUCUUCAAGAUUUGAGAUUAUUCCAGGAAUACAAAUUUGAGUAUUUUUUUGUAUGUUUUAGGAACAAUGUUUAAUACAAAAUCUUGGGUCUUCCCUGUUAUUUAAGGAAACAAAAUGAGAAGUUAAUCGUAAUUGCUUGUCUCCCAACUUGGGUUUGUAUUUA